AUGGGCAGUGAGGGCUCAGAGUCCAGAAUUGAAAACUUCCACCACUGGGACAAGAAGGUCCACAGGUGGGUGGGGUUCUUAAUUUCUGCCUCUACUGGGAAGUCCUUGAGUCUGGAGGAUUUCCCAAGCGUGAAGGAGAGGAUGCAGGACAUGGUGCGAGUCCUCCAGAAUCCGACUGAGGAGCGAAAAGAGGUGCUAAGCUGCUUCACCAAGUGCCUCAGCAAGGAUGAAGAGCUGCAGGAUCUAGAGCGAAGAGUAAGAGGCCCAAGGAAGAACUGGGGCAGAGAGAGGGAGGAGCCAGUGCGGAGACAACCUGCUAUAAUGGGACUGGGCUUAUCUCCCCCAUCUCCCGGUCCUAGGUGUCUGAGGUCCGGUGCUCCGGGGAGCUACAGAUGGAAGGCCCAGCAGGUUCUGUCAUGCAGCCUUUUUAACGCUGCUGGGAUCUUUUUUUUUUUUUUAAUAUUCCAUUGUAUAUACGCUGCUGGGAUCUUGAUGGAGGAGCACACAGAAGCCAUUUCGGAUUUCUUGGAUGACUUGAUUGAGCUGUCUGAGGAGGGGCAGCUUGUUGCUGAGGCCCUAGUUAAGGGGACCCCGCCCUUUUUGAAGGACAAGGUAAGACAGCCUGGGUUGAGGGCCCAGGUCCUAGUGGAAGUGAAUGCCCGUGCUCUCAAGGAUCCAGAAGUCCCAGUGACCAGUCCCUUCCUACUUCAUAGUCCUCUGCCAGCUGUCUGUGCAGCUGGUUUGUGGCAAUUCCCCGGAUAUAUAGUGGAGCCUAUCCUGGAGCAGAACCAGGGUGAGCAGCCCCGUGACGUGGGCUGUGACCCUGAGGCACGGACUCUCUGUGCCCUCUACGUUGUUGUCUCCAUCCUGCUGCAGCUGGGUGAGAAGCCUACCUCUGUGUCUUCCUAAUACCAUGUCAGCUCUUUUUUAAAAAUAACUUUAUUUAUUUAUUUAUUAUUUAUUUUUGGCUGC